GUAAAUAAACAGGGGAGAGAUGGUUUUGUUAGUAGCAAAUUGAGUUUGAGAGAAAUGGGAAGUGAAAAAGAGAAUGGAGUGUUCUACUUGAGAUACCACAUUGGACAUAAGGGCAAGCAUGGUCACGAAUUCUUGGAGUUUGAGUUCACUGACAAUGGCAAGCUUCGUUACGCCAACAACUCCAAUUACAAAAACGACACCAUCAUUCGUAAGGAGGUUUAUGUAUCUCCUGCCGUUAUUCAUGAAUGGCGUCGUAUGGUUUCAGAUAGCGAGAUUAUGAAGGAAGAUGAUCACAACUGGCCAGAACCGAACCGGGUAGGGCGUCAGGAGCUUGAGAUUGUGAUGGGGAAUGAGCAUAUCUCCUUCAUCACAACCAAGAUAGGGGCUGUUGCGGAAGUUGAAAACAGUGAGGGGCUUCAAAAUUUUCACUGGCUUGUUCAGGAUUUGAGGUGCUUUGUUCUCAAUCUUAUUUCACUUCACUUCAAGAUCAAGCCUAUACCUAUAUAAGAUGUUCACAAUUAAAUAUGAGCUCGUCCUAUUUGGAAUGUGAACAUUUUCAACAACUUUCCCUUUUUGCUAAAGAAGUUCGACAUCUGAAUUAGUUGAUGAACGGGGAAAACCUGAUUUGAAUGGUUAACCUUUGUACCAGAUCUUUGGUUUUUAUAUGCAUGGUUUUGACUAAUUUUUCUCGUUCUCCAGCUUCCACGGUUGGAGCAUGAAUUGUUACUUUGAGAGUUGCAUGCUUUAUGUAUUGAAUGUGCAUGUACCAAAAUGACUACCAGUUACGUUCUCAGCAAGUAGUGUCGUAUGAUAUUUUUCGUAGUUUCUGCCCCCUAAAGCACUAUCCAAAUAAUCAGUUGCCCUGCAGUUUCUAGACUAAGUUAAAAUGGGAAAGAUUGUGCGUCAAUCAAUUGUGGUGAAAUUUUGAGAAGUGUUAUAUAUUUAGACUUUUGUAUUCAAAGUUUUAUUGUGGCUCUUC